AAACGUGAGAAUUGAGAAAAGCUUCGAUUACACCUCUGAAAAUGUUUCGUUCGAAGAAGGAUGUCGACCGACAUGUGAAAGACAUUUUUAUCAAGCUCAGAAACUCGGAGGAGAAAAAUCUACGAUGUUAUAACAUAGCCAAGCUAUAUUAUCAAGUUGGUGACUAUGAAUCUGCAAAGAAAUAUGUGUCUAAUUAUUUGGAAGUACGGGAUAAAUGUACAGGAGCUUACAAAUUGUUGGGUCAAUGCCUUGAGGCUCUAGGACAGAAGGAAGCAGCUUUUAUGCAAUACAAAACAUCUCUUGAAUUGGAACCAAAGCAAAAUGAUCUUGUUUUAAAGGUUUGCGAGCUUCUGACUGAUGUUGAUGUCAACAUUGACGUGAAUAGAAUUAAAUACUGGGUAGAAAGAGCUGACAAAAAGUUUCCACAUCAUCCAAUAGUUUUUCAAUUGAAGGAGAAAAUGUUAACUUUAGAAAAACCAAGUGGUAACAAUGAAGAUUUAGAGAAACUGAUUACUUCUGAAUUGUCAGUCCGGCAAACAGAUGUGCAUCUACAAGUUAAAUUGUUAAAACAUUACAUAGGAAAUCAUAGGCUUGAAGAUGCAUAUAGUCAUGCUGUUGGAAUCGAAUCAAUGCACAGUCACAGAAAUAGUGUCGUUUGGUACCAGGCUUUAUGUGAAUUGCUUAUAAAAUGUAAGGAGAGCAAAGACUCAAAGUGGACAUUUUGGAUAUUUUAUAUUUCUGUGUUAGAGAGAUAUGCAGCACUUUGCUUGAAAGAACAGGGAAAUAUUACAAAAAAACCACAUAAUAUUACAGAAGCCACACAAGCAGUAUUUAAUUUCGAUCAAAGUUUAACUGAAUUUAAAUCAACAAAUUUCUCCAACCACCCUGUUUUUGUUGAAAAUAUGUUAUUACACAUGUGGGGUCAGUUACACUUUCAUUUGGCGUGUCUGUUUUUACGGAAAGCUAAAAUAGGAGAAGACAGUUGGUCUGAAGCAGGACGAUUGUGUGCACCUCUUUUCUUAACUGCAUUACACAUAACACCUAUAGAUCCGACAGCUGUAUGGACUAUGCAUUUGAAGGAUCGAUUUAAAAAUCAAGUGCAUGUUUGGUAUAGAGAAGGAUCUUACAGAUGUAGUCAAGCAGGUCAUAUACUACAGGACUAUGCCCGAGAUAAUACAAAAAAAUUAUUAGAUAAAAUCGAUAAGUUCUGCACAAUUUUGUGGCGUGAGCGAGUUUAUCAGAGAAUUUUUAUUGGUAGACUGUAUCAGGAUGGAAAAACAACAUCAUAUUUUGCGAACUGUUCGCAUUCAAAUCCACCGUUACGCCUGUGUUCGUAUAACGAACUAAAACGAUUUGAUGAAAUCUCGGAAGAAGUAUGGCCAGAUUCCUUACAUCAUCAGAUCUGGCUUGGCUUAAGAACUCGGCCUCACUGUUCACAGAACAAGAAUAAUGAGCCCCAUCCGAAUCAAACCUCACGCGUAUUUUGUGAAUUACAGUUUUCCAUCUUUAAUCUGAAUCAGGCAGCCCCUGAUAGUCUGAGUCGUCUCGAUAUCGACGCAUUUUUAAAUGCGGCAAUUUUUUGCGCCUCUGCGGUGAUGGAGGAGCAACAAUUAAGUGGGUUUUUAAAUCCUGAAAAAUUGCCCACGUUACCAGCCGACCUUACCAACACUCUUUGUACUUGUGCGCAAGAAAAGUGGUGGUCUGCCGCAUACAAAGUAUAUUCAAUGGACAAACAAAAGCCAUUAGAUGACGAUCUGGGGGAAAUAAGAUUAGAAUUGCAACGGGGUUUGGAAGUUGUCCGUUGCAUUGGAAAUCAUGGAUUGCAUCCAGCUCUUUUAGUCCAUUUAGCACGGAUAUUUCAUCAUAGAACAGAAAUGGUGAAAGAGUCUGAUCAAGAAAAUAGUGCAAUAACAAGUUUAGAGGCACGCUCUGAGAUGUAUUGGUCGAAUGCGAUUCCACUUUUGGAAAGAUUGCAGAAUAAUCAAAUUCUUCGUGUGACAAAUUCGAAGUACUUCACUUAUCAAGGAAAAGAAAUGAACAAUGCAGAGUUAGUAAAAGCUUUAGAGGAGGGUAAGUUGCUUCUAGCUCAGCGUUUUGUCCGGGAUAAACAGUAUGAAAAAGCGAUUGAUGCAUUGCAAGCAUUAAAAUGUCCAGAGGCUUCGUUUCAACAGGGACAGAUGUAUGAGAUGCUCGCAGAUGAGAUUGUCAGUUCUAUGCCGAAAGAAAGCUUAACAUCAGAAAUGAGAUCGCAACAUAUUAUUAUGCUUUCAAAAGCUAGAGAAUGCUUUUACCUAACAUUAGACCGUUUGCGUAGUCCAGGAACGAAUCCAAAGCAUCCUCUGAAUUCGGAACUCUCCACGCAUAUUACUGAUAUAGAAAAUAAAUUGAAGAGGAUUGAUCCAGACUUAUCUCGAGGCGACUUAAGCAGAAAUGAAUGUGACGGGAUGUCGGACGAUAGUUAUUCUUCUGCUCAUAGUGCAGUAGAUCCACCAGUCGUGAAUUCAACGUUACCAACGUUUACAGGAUUGAGUGCUUCCAUUAUGGUCAGUACACCACAGAAAAAUCCUCAUCGUACCCCGAAACAAUCCAGCACUCCUUAUAAACCACAACAUCAAGACGUACUAGAUUUAUCACGAAAUCGUUCGGAAGCACGUCCAAGUCCUGAACGUCUCGAUGCUCAAAUUAGGGCAAUUAAUCAUAUGAUACAUGCAAAGGAUAGCAUGAUACAAUCGAUAACUGAACAGAAUAAGAGUAUAUUGGAAUUGAAUAAAACAGUAAUGGAGAAGGUUGAAGAAUUAGCAAAAGAAGUAACAGAAUUACGAAAAGAAAUUCAACAGCAGCGAACUCAGUCCGUUAAUUUGAAUCCGAAUCUCGAAGAUCUGUGCGUGUUGAACGAAGAGGAUUACAGUAACUUAAAUUAUAAUACGAAUCCACCAGGUCCUGCGUCCUCGAUAUCAGGAAAUAUGUUCCAGUCGCCGCACAGACAUCCGUAUUCUCAAUUGGUAUAUCCUUCAGCUACAGCUUUUCAGGGAUAUUUUCCAGGAGGGAUGUCGUUUAGUGAUCCAAAUGCAUCUUUUUGUACAAACAUUUACCCAAUGCCGGUGUUGUAUCCUAACACUAGGUCGAAAAUGCCGGAGAAUGUACUUCAGCAGGGGCUAUUCCCACCAAGGUUGCCGACACAAAUACCAGAUCUGAUGCCACCAACGAAUCAAUCGUUACAGAUUCGACUUCAGAAGGCUGAAACAUCGAAACCCGAGACGACUAUAAAGGACGCUCCCGUAAAUAAAGUUGCACCGGUUAACGUUGUUAUUACCACAUCUGAUACUUUACCGACUACAGUACCAGUCGUUCAGCCGACACUUAGCGUAACAAUUCCUCCGCAUUUCAGACAAGGAAGCACGUCUAUGCCGAUCACCACAGAACAGAUUGCUCCUCAUUCUUAUCAAAUAUCCAUGCCUUCUCAAGCAACUGUAUUGACCACUGUUAAUCUACCACCUCUGUCAACUACCCUCACCACUACUCCAGCAAAUAUUACUAUGCCUGAAACACCAAAGACGGACAACAUUAACAUUUGCUCAACUAAUUCUCCACGCAGUUCAGAUCACGAGCACGAGGACGAACACGAUCCAAUACCGAAUUUUGUUCCUAUUAUACCGUUACCUGCGGAAGUUAAAAUCACUACUGGAGAAGAAGGUGAAGAGGUCUUGUUCUGCGCUAGAGCAAAACUUUUCCGUUUUGUGGACAACGAAUGGAAAGAGCGUGGCAUCGGCAAUGUUAAACUUCUCAAGAACGAGGAAGGAAAGGUUCGUUUGCUUAUGCGCAGAGAACAAGUACUAAAGGUAUGUGCAAAUCAUUACCUGGCACCUGAUAUGGAGCUGACAGCCAAGGCAAAUAAUGAAAAGGCCUGGUUUUGGGUUGCACAUGACUUUGCAGAUGGAGAAUUAAAAUUGGAGAAGUUCUCUAUCAGGUUUAAAACGGUGGAAGAGGGCUUGUCUUUCAAGGAACAAUUUGAUAAAGCUAAAGUGAGUCUUUCUCAAAUCACUGAAAAUGUUGAAAACAGAACAUUCACAAAAGUAGGUGGCCCAUUAAAUAAUAUGAAGAAGAAAGAAACAAUGUCCAUAGAAACAAAAACUUCUGGACAGAUCAAUCAGAAGCAAGCUGCUGAAAUUGUUGCACUUUCGGAAAGUUCAGAAAGAUCAAAAAUCAGUACAACGACAACGGUUGUUGGUGGAUUUUCAUUCAAGUCAACUCCGAUUAUCCAGAAAGUAGUUGUCACUGAACAAUCGAAAACUCCUAGCAAACCUGAAGUUAGUCCAUUUGCAGGAUUCACAUUUAAUAAAACAGUAACAACUGCUGAAAGCGUAACACCGAAGAGCAUAGCAACAUCUAUUGGAACACAAGCAUUUAGAAAGACAACACCUUCUAAGUUGGAAACUACAACAGCGCCAACCAUUGUAACCACUGAAACUGCUGCAACAAGCAUUUCUCAAACAGCUCUUCGAAGGCCUCACGCACCAUCUCCUAAUAUGAAAGCUCGGGUAGGUAUUCAAAGUACAGACUCCAAAAUAGAACAGGAAGAAGUUUUAUUUGAAGCUAAAAUAAGCCUUCAGUACUAUAUCAAUGAUACUAAGCAGUGGGAGCAUAGAGGUACUAAGAGCGGUAGUAACAACGUAGUUAAUUGGACUAUUCAAUAUGGACCGGAUAAAAAAACAGGGAUGUUCGCAGCAACGUUUAAGACGCCUGCUCAGGCUUCUCAAUUCUACAAUACAAUCGUUAAUAACCAACAAAAGUUACAGAAGGACAGCGUCCCCUGUGAAAGCACGAAGAAACAGGAAACUAUACAAAACACGCAAAUAAAUAAGAGUCAGGUUCCUUUGGCCGAAAUGUUCAAGCCACCAACAGGUUCAUGGGAAUGUGAGGAUUGUUACGCGAGAAACAAUGCAUCGGAUAACGAAUGUAUAGCAUGUAAAGCAGCUUGUCCCUCUGCGACUAGCAAGCAAAGCGUCCUGAGUGCAACCGGCUCGAAGCAAGCACCACUUUCGGAAUGGUUUAAGCCACCGCCAGGUUCAUGGGAAUGUCCGGAUUGUUACACGAGAAACAAUGCAUCGAAUAACGAAUGCUUAGCGUGUAAAGCAGUUUGUCCCUCUGCGACCAACAAGCAAAGCGUCCCGAGUGCAACCAGCUCGAAGCAAGUACCACUUUCGGAAAUGUUCAAGCCACCAACAGGUUCGUGGGAAUGUGAGGAUUGUUAUACGAGAAACAGUGCAUCGAAUACCGAAUGCUUAGCGUGUAAAGCAGUUUGUCCCUCUGCGACCAACAAGCAAUGCGCUCCGGUUGCAACCGCCUCGAAUCAAGUACCACUUUCGGAAAUGUUCAAGUCGCCAACAGGUUCAUGGAAAUGCAAAUCCUGUGAUAUCUUUAAUACAUUUGGGAACAAUUACUGCGUCGCCUGCGACACACCGAAAGAUCCAUCCAUUCCACCAAAGCAAAAAACUGGUGGUUUUCUAAUAAGCAGCUCUACCACUGGUACCACCCCCACGUUUACAUUUGGCAUACCACCCGAUGCUACAAAGAAGGAGACAAGUGGUUUCACAUUCCGUUUACCUACUGCGAACGACGUGUCUUCUAGUGCUAAAUCUUCAGCAAUCCCAGAGUCCGACGCGAAAAUAGAUACGUCUGGGACGAAGUUUGUCUUUGGAAUGCAACAGACACCAAGUACACCGUCAAACGAAGAUACCCCCUUCACUUUCGGAUCGUCAGGAAAAUCGUUUGGUUUCAACUUCGUAGCGAAAUCGCCGGCUAAAUCUCCCGAGGAUGGUGAAAUUAGCGAGGAGGAGGUAGUUGAGAGCGAUGACAUUUACUUUUCACCGAUAAUCCCGUUGCCGGAUAAAAUCGAAGUUAAGACGGGCGAAGAAAACGAGGAGAUUCUAUAUAGCCACAGGGCAAAAUUGUUCAGGUACGACAAAUCAGUGAACGAAUGGAAAGAACGUGGUUUGGGGGAUAUUAAAUUGCUACGACACACGGAGACAAGAAAGUUGAGGCUAGUCAUGAGGAGGGAGCAGAUCUUGAAACUCUGCUUAAAUCACUUUGUUUUACCUGAUCUAGAAUUUAAACCGAAAGAUGAAAAAACUUGGAUGUGGACUGCUGCUGAUUACAGUGAAGGGGAAAUCGAGCACACGCUGUUCGCGUGUCGCUUCAAGACAUCCGACAUCGCGAAAAAUUUUAUGGAGAUAGUCGACGAUGCAAGAACAGGGAAAGAUCUUCCAGUUAUCGAGUUCAAAACAGAAACAAAGUCGGAGGAACCUACUAAAAGUUCGCCUGUUCAAGAGAUAGAAGUUUUAUACGAGUUGAAAGUAACGCCUGAAGAGAGGGAGGCUGCGCUCAAAUUACAGCUUCCAGAAAACUUCUACGCGUACAAACGGAAUCAAGAUUGUCCUGGUUGCAGGGGUUGUAAGGAACCUCCCGUGCCACUGUUUGAAGAUGAUACUUCAGAAAAAGUAUCAUCAUUGAAAACAACCGCAGCUAGUCAAAAACCUACAACCAAUGCGUCCACAAUACAAUUUUCUCCAAAAACCACUAGCUCGAGUGUCACAACUGUUCAAUCGCCCGUUUCAAGUACAAGCAUGCAGAAUACAGGUUCGUCUGUCUUCACUACUGGACUGUACAGUACAGGUGCACCACAGUUUUCAAUGAAUUCUCUUGCUACAACGACGCCUUCCACUAUAUCAUUUGGAAGUAGCGACUCUGGUGCCUCGAACGAUAAGAAGACUGGUUUUUCAUUCGUAAUGUCUCAGAAUCAUCCUAGCGAGGCUCAAAAUGUUGAGACCGAUAAGCAGGAUAUUCUUUCACCCGAAAACUUGAAAAUUUGUGGUCUUGCUACGUCUGAAGCGCAAACAACAUCUGAAACGUCGGUGCCCACAACAUCCACGGCGUCCAUAUUCGGCAAGAAUAUCUUCGGUGGAUCAUCGAAGAAAGAUAGUCCUGGAUUAAUUAAGCCUAGCUCCUUUAGUGUUAGCGCAAAUAGUUCCGAAUCAAUGUUUCCAAACAGCUUUGGCUUUGAGGCAAAAACAACUACAACUAGUACCACCUCUGUAACUCCCAUAUUCGGUGCGAAUACUCCGAUAUUUGGAUCAUCUGCGAUGAAACUUAACUCAGAAAUAACUACCAGCAAUUCAUCACCGUUUGCUACAAGCACCACAACCGCAAGUGUAUUUGAUACACCAGCUGAGACCACCAAUUCAAUGUUCGGCGGUGCAUCUACACCAUUUUCAUUUAACUUACCCUUCGGCGCACGUACACAUGAAUCGCCUUUCAGAAUCUCGAAUUCUGCAACAACUAACGUAUUCGAUACAAAACCAACUACAUCAGAAAGCGAAUCUCAAAAAGACAAUGGUAUUAGUUUCCUUCCAGCCGUAGAUGUAUCUUUCUCUGCCUUAGCGGCGAAAACUCCUCAGCAAGCGUUUAAAACAGCGGAUCCAAACUUCUCAUUUGCUGGCGCUGGGUCAGCCGUAUUUGGCUCUAAAGCAACCAAUAAAUUCACUGAAAGGACAAAAGGGGAGAUAACAGAGAAGAAAGAUGAGCAUAGGGAAGAAGAGUGUGAUGAAAAUGAAAACGAGCAAGAUCACGAUCCCCAUUUUGAGCCUAUCGUACCAUUACCUGAUGUUAUUGAGGUACGCACUGGCGAAGAAGAUGAAGAAAAAGUAUUUUGUGAAAGAGCGAAGUUAUAUAGAUAUGUCAAUGCGACGCGCGAAUGGAAAGAAAGGGGUGUUGGAGAAAUGAAAAUCUUGCAUCACGCAGGGCAUGGAACUUACAGAUUACUGUUGCGUAGAGAGCAAGUUCAUAAAGUAGUAUGCAACCUCUUGCUCACACCAGACAUAGAAUUCGCUAGACUUAGUACUUCGGAUCGUGCUUGGAUGUGGGCAGGCAUGAAUUACGCCGAGGAUCCACCAUGUAUAGAACAAUUAGCAGUUAAAUUUAAGAAUCCAGAACUGGCCACAAAGUUCAAGGAUACUGUCGACAGAAUCCAACAAACAUUAAACGAAAUCCGUGAAAAAAAUACGCAGGAUAAUUCAGUGAUCCAAGAACCAGAUGAGGAAGAAAAUGACGCAGACGAAGUAGAAAAUGAAGACGAGGAGGAGGAAGACGAUGACGGUGAAACCUCAAUCGUUUUCGAAAGGAGAGCUACAUUACUAACUAGAACAAGUAAAGAUGCUCAAUGGAAACCAGUGGCUGUAGGAAAUUUAAUUAUUUAUUAUGAUUCUGUCAUCGUUGGUGGCACAAUAAUAUUAGAAAUGGAGAAAACUGGUGAAGUUGUGAGCAAUACGAUCAUCAGUAUAAAUACGCAGAUGCAGGUGGAUGGUACAGAAUGCAUUUGGACGGCAAUCGAUUAUGCUUUGCAACCAGCAACAAAACGGACGUUAAAAGCAGUAUUUUCAUCGGUUCAGGAUUCUGAGGAAAUGUAUAAAUGUUUUCAAGACGGAAUCGAGUAUGCAGAAGAAUCUAACAUCACUGAACCAUUUUGUGAAGAGUAAAGUUUCCUUGUAAAAUUUCCUGUAAUAAAUGAUAUUGUAUCUCUUG